CAUUCAUCACAGUCGCACCAACUUCAUCAGCCAGUGUCAAAACGUUCAGUCGGCAACUGAUUUGUGAUCUACCACAACCGAUCAAUUUAUCCGUUGCUCUGCCAGAUCUAACCAAUCGAAACGGCAGCCAAUCGAGUGCAGCCACCACCGCAAACACGAUCCUGAGCAGCUAUCCGCCAACGUCUAAUGUGGCUCAACAGUCACGAAAUUUGUUCAUUCCCACAUCAAUAGCCAGUGUUAACGCUUCGCCGCAAGAACAAUCGCGCAUGAAAUCCACCCAAAAUCAGUUUCAAGCAAAAGAAGACGUCCCAACGGAACCCAAUCCAGCACAUGCACAGUCCGUGCAGUGCUCAGUGAUUUGUGAAACUAAAACGAGCAAAUCAACACCAACAACGCGACAAACCCUCAAAUGUUCGACUCCCAACCUAGAACAACCACUGCUCAUGGCAAAAACUGGAGCGCUUCAGCCCGCCAGCACCCAGCAGUUUCGGACUGAUACUGCUCAAGCACAGCUAGAGCAGCUAGGCCCAGCACCCGACCAGUCCACUGCUUCCGGUCAGUUGUCUACGGCAUCGAAUGAUGGUAACAGUGGUAGCGGCAAUGUUUUCAACGAGAAUUGUGCUGCAAAAUUGAUAUCUCUGGCGCAU